AUGAAAACUUCUCCUAUAAUUUUAUUGUUAAUUUUUUCUUCUUUCCAAAGUAAUUUAUAUGAAUCGGCUCCCUCGGGAUCAGAUGAAAAUGAAUUAGAAAAUAAAGAAAAUGCAAAAUUAUGCAUAAAUAUACUUGAGUAUAUACAUAUUAGUGAAAAAUUAUCAAGAUAUAGUGAAGAAUCAUUCAAAAAAAAAUGCUCUGAUGUUAUAAAAAAUAUCAAAAAAAAUAUUCCUCAUAAUAUAAAUGAACAGAAUGAAUUUAUCUUAAGUUUAAUACACACGAGAUCUCUUCAUGCAAGUGAAGCUGAAGAGGAUGAAUAUGCCUUAACAAACAUUAUAAGUAAACUAGAAAAUAAUAAAAACUUAAAAUAUAUAAAUAAAAAAGCUAGGAAUAUUAUAAGAUAUAAUAAAUUUAUAUUAGAAAUAUCUGAUACAAAAGAUGUAGAAGAAUUUCUAGUACUAAGGAGUGAAAAAGAUGAAUAUAUGUGGAAGCCAAAAGAAAAUAUAGUAAAAAACAUAAAGGAAUCCUUUAAGUAUCACUCCUAUUAUUUUCAAAUAAAUGAAAAUGAAAUAAAUUUAAAAAGUGAAGUUUCACAUAUAAAUUUCAUUGAAAUAUAUAAAGAAAAUAUUUGCUUACACAAUAUUCAUCUGUGUCAAAAAUUUUAUCAACAAGUUGAAAUAUAUUUGAAAAUGAAAGCAAUUUUUUUAAAUAUAAUGUCUCAUAUAGGAAAAAAAUGUAAACUAAUUUCUAAAGAAGAUAUAUUAAAAGUUUUAAGUAUGAAGAAAAAAAAGGAAGAUGUUAUUCAAAUAUUAGAUGAACCUAUAUUAGAAGGUGAUCUAUAUGUUAUUGAAAAUAUAAUAUUAAAUAAGAAAGAAGAAAAUUUAUUAGAAUUACAUAAAUUAGAUAAUAAGAAGAAUAAAAAGAUAAUUUAUGCACACAAAGCAGCAAAAAUUAUUAACAUAAAAAAAGAAUUGAAUAAUAAAGAAAAGUAUGAAGAAUUAAUGAACUCAGUAAAAACAUAUUUACUUUCAAUUACAAGUAUUGAUAAAGAUAUUUCAGCUUUUGUUGAAGAAUUAGAUAAUGAUGAUAUAGAAAAAUUUUUAACGGAUUUGAAUUUUUUUAUAUAUUAUGGAUUUUUAUUUAUUAAUGAAGACAAAUCCUGGAUAACAGAGGAAGAUGUCAUACCUACUUUCGUAAAUCUAUAUAGGGCAAAUAAUAUAGUUUUUUUAUAUAUACUAAAAACAGCAUAUGAAGAAAAUAAAAAUUCUGAGCAUUUAGCAUAUAAUUUUUAUAAUUUGAACAAAUUUCCUUAUGUGGAAAGUAGAUCUUUAAUAAAUAAUUUUAAAAUAAAAAAUGAAUAUACAAACUUAAAAGAAUUAGACAAAAAAAAAGUAACUCAACAUUUUACAAAAAAUUUGACAGAAUUCCUUAAACAAUUUAAAGUUUCACCAUCUGAUAGUACAAAAAUUCAGUUCUUUUUUAAAAUGGCAUUUAAAGAUUGCAAUAUAAAUCAAAAUUAUUCUAAAGAUUCAAUGGAUUUAUGGCUUAAUCUCCUUUACACAUACGAUAAAUUUGGAUGGUUUUAUGUUCAUCCUAAUGAUGUAAUUGAAAGUAUCAAAAAAGAACAUUUCGUUAGACAUAUUUUAAGUUACAGAAAUUUUAACCUAAAGAAUGGACACUUAUUAAUGUAUUUGGAUACACAAGUAUCCAAGUUAGUUGAUUUGAUACAUUUAGCUUUAAAAAUGGAUAAAUCGUUAUAUUCGUUAGAUUUUUCUUUAGAUAAUAAUUUUUUCAAAUAUGGAAAUGAUUUUCAUAUAUUAAAAACAAAUAUUUUAAAAACUAAAUUUAGCUAUGAUUAUGCUGACUCGAUUGCUAAUAAUUAUUUCUUUUUUGAUGAGAAAAAAAACGACGUUUUUAAUACGAUGUAUAAUAAUAAGUAUUAUAAGAAUAUUCCGAAUAUAUAUAGUCUUGCAUAUCAAUUAUUUAAUGAAUUGGCUAUUAAUAUUAAUGUUAUUACAAAUACACCUUUAAAAAGAAGAUUAAAAGAUAAAUCAAGUUAUGCUUAUUUCACUAUUUUAAAUAUAAUAGGGAAAAAUCAUGAUAUUUAUUCUAAAAGUUAUCGUUAUGUAUUUGCUUCUUAUAUUUUAGCUUUAGUCUUCUUUAUUGAAUCACAUAUAGAUAUAUCUAGAUACAAGCCUAAGGAUCUUUUUUUUUUAAAACAAUCUUAUCCUUUAAUUGAACAGAAAUAUGCUGAUGCUUUUUUAGUAGUGAAAAAAAGAUGUUCAUUAUUAUAUAAUUUUAUUAAUAUCAAAAAUAAUUCAGAUUCAUCUGAAUUAAGUCAUUUAGAAGAAGUUAUGAAAAUUUUAAGUUUAGUAAUAAUUGUAUUAUGGGGUAAAGAAAGUAAGAAAUCUCUUUAUUAUGACAAGAAUGUUAGUUUAUAUAAAAAAUUAAUGAUUAGUUGUAUUUUUAAUGGAGGAAAAUCAAUUCAGGAAAAAUUAGUUGAAGAUAUUACAAACUCAUGCGAUAUUUCUUUUUACGGUUUAACACCAAAAAUUUUAGUAGAAAUAAUUGAAAUAAAUCUAAGUAUUAAUAAAUGGAAUCCUGUAACUAUAGAAAAAUUAGCGUAUUCAUUUGUUUUAAAUUGCAAACUUCAAAUUAAUAUAUAUGAUUCUAUGAAUAUGGAAAAUAUUUCAUUAAAAAAUUUUUCUAAACUAGCGGUUGCACCAGAACUUUUAAAAACAUAUCAUUGUUUUAAAUUGGGAAGACAAGCUGCUAAAUUAUUAGAAUCGAUUAUUUUAAAAAAGAAAUUUGUUAGAUUUAGAGUCAAUGAUGCUAUUGAUGUAUAUGAUUUUUUUUAUAUAAAAAAAGUUGUUUCCAAAAAUGUUGCUGCUGAAUUUAAAGAAUUCUUAAGAGAUAAAGCAAAAUACGAAAAAAAACAAACUGAAAUUAUUAUGCAGAGUAGUCCUCUAACUGAAGAACAAACAAAAAAUCUAAUUGAUAAUUAUAGUUGUUACUGGUUUAGUAAUUUUGAAAAUUUUAGAACAUUAUGGAUGCACGUAUCAAGUAAAUUAGGUACAGGAACAUAUAUAAAAAAUUUUUUCUCUGAAAUAUGGGCAAAUAUUCAUUAUAUAUUCAAAAAAAAAAAACAAGUAAAAGAUGUUGAAUAUUUCCCUGUAAAAAUAUCUGAAUUGAACUUACUAGAUUUUUAUUCUCCAUUGGUAAUUUCGGAAAUAUAUUGUCAAGAACAAAUGCAAAUUUUUUUUUUUAAUUUAAAAGACAACAAAGAAGAAAAUCGUAGCGAAAUUCCUGAUAAGAUAAAAACUGCUUACUUUCAAUGUAAAUAUAAUUAUUAUAAAGAAAAUCACAGUGAUUUUAUUCAUAGAAUACAACCAAAUCAUUUUAUGAAUAAAAAAGUUUAUGUAAUAAAACAGCCGUAUUAUUUAAUUCACAAUAUUGAUAAUGUAUAUGAGACAAAACUUAUACGAUUAUUCUUAACUGAAAAAACACUUGAUUAUUUGCUAAUGGAUGAUAUCAACAUACCUGAAUGCUUUGGGCGUUGUACUACAAAACAUUUUAAUAGGGUUAUCCUUGAAGAUCAAAAUCCCAAGGAAAGAGAUGUUAUAAUUAAAAAUGCAUUAGUACCAGAGCACAAUUUACAUAAUAAAAGAAAAAAAAUGAUUAUAUAUGUAAAUGAAUCUUACGUUCAUAAUUUAAAUACAGAUUAUUUAACUAAAGAAAGGAUACGUAAAAUUGAUAUUGAAAACAAUAGUGUUAAAGUUUGUAUGGGAAAAAGUACGUAUUUUUUAAAUUCUUUUCUUAACAAAUCACAUUUUAAUUUAUCUCAUAAACCAGUUUAUGAUUUUCCACCUAAUCAUAACUUUCUUAUAUUUCUUAAAAAAAACGAACAUUUAAUAAAUAAAAACCCUAAUCAUGAAUGCUUUAUAAAUUAUGAUUUAUCAAUUAACAAUUUAGAUGUGGAGGAUCCAUAUCAUGAGAUAAGUGAAGACUUAAUAAAAAAUUUGUAUAUCUUAAAAAAUAAAUAG